GACUUCUCCCGGGCCGAGGUCGGUGCUGCGGCCGCGGGGAGGGCGGGAGCCGAAGUUGUGGGGUGCUGCCUGGGCCUGACCUCCUGUGGGGUAUCGUGUGCGGGAGCCGUGCCCCACCCUGGGCGAGGGGACUCGCACCCGCUGCCUUUUGUCGCCCUGUCCGGGGCGUGAGCCCCCGCUACGAGGGGUGCUGCCCAGGGGUCUCGGCGGCGGGAAGUGAAGCCCCGUCCGUCCUCCUGGCAGCGGUGAUCCCUGUGUACUUGAGCCAGAAUUAUGGGAUUGUUUGACAAGCUAGCGGGAUGGCUUGGGCUGAAGAAAAAGGAAGUUCACGUUUUGUGCCUUGGCUUGGACAAUAGCGGCAAAACAACUAUCAUAAAUAAACUUAAACCUUCAAAUGCUCAGACUCAGGACAUCGUUCCAACAAUAGGAUUCAGUAUAGAGAAAUUCAAGACAUCAAGUUUGUCUUUUACAGUGUUUGAUAUGUCAGGUCAAGGGAGAUACAGAAACCUCUGGGAACAUUACUACAAAGAAGGCCAAGCCAUUAUUUUUGUUAUUGAUAGCAGUGACAAAUUAAGAAUGGUUGUGGCCAAAGAAGAACUUAACACUCUUCUGAAUCAUCCAGAUGUUAAGCACCGUCGACUGCCCAUUCUCUUCUUUGCUAACAAGAUGGACCUCAGGGAUGCAAUAUCAUCUGUGAAAGUAUCUCAGUUAUUGUCAUUAGAAAACAUCAAAGACAAGCCCUGGCAUAUCUGUGCCAGUGAUGCUCUUAAAGGAGAAGGAUUACAAGAAGGUGUGGAUUGGCUCCAAGAUCAGAUCCAAGCAACGAAGACAUGAGAGAUAAAUAAAAGAUGGAUGGCAUUCUUUUACAAACUUUGUCAGUAGGUGUAUGAGCUCCUUGGAAAGAAAGAAUGAUUUAAAGAAAAGGAAUGGUUCAGCUAAAAUACACCGUGUUGAUUCACGUCCUUUUAGUAUCUCUUCCAAGAAAACUGAAUGUAGGCAACAUAGCACUUCAGGUAUGCACACUGAUGAAUUAAAUGGAAUCUUAUGACCGGAGAGCAUAUUUUUUAAAAAAAAAUUUGUGUUAACAAUAAACAUCUGCAUUCGUUUGAGUUUUAGGAUGUAAUUAACCAUCAGGAAAUGCCUUCUGUUUUGGGGGGGACACCUUUUGACCAAAUGGGAAUAUUUAUUUUCCUAAGAAGGAAUAAUCAGCACUUCCUGAAAUACAGCUGCAUGAGAUACCUCCUGAUUUUAGGUGCCCAUUUUUUAGGUAUUCCUGCAAUUUUUUAAUUGUAAAUUUUGAUGUUGGGAUUUUAGUAGCCAUCUACAACAGGCUACUGCAAGAACAUUUUGACUUCAGUGUAUUCAGUGUAUUUGUUACAGAUGAUUGCAGAUGUUUUUAAGGAACUGCUUUUAAUGAAAUGUUGUUAAUUGGUUUUGUGAUAUGUCAUGGUUAUAUUUGCAUUCCCAUCAAUAAAACUUCAAAUACACAACAUGCCAUGGUUUGGGCUUUUUAACUUAAAUAUGUUCAUUGAUGGUCUGUACAUGUUAGAGAUUUUUGUUUUCCUGUUAGUUUCAUUUGGAAUUUGUCCAUUUUCCAAUGGAAAUAGCACUGUAUACUGUAAUAAAAUGGUAUCUCUUUUGCCA